AUAAUAUUCAUUAGGAUAGGUCAGACAAUAUGAAAAGCCUUCUUAUAGUUUUGGUAAUUUUACUACUUUCCUACAACGCUGAGGCAAGGAAAUGUAGAGCAUUAGCCCUCUCUGGAGGAGGAGAUAAAGGUGCCUACGAAGCUGCAGUUUACGUGGGACUUGUCAAUAGUUUGCCUAAGGAAGAAGUACAGUAUGAUGUGCUAACUGGAGUGUCAGCUGGAUCUCUAAACACACUCGGACUAUCUGCCUUCUCCCCAGAAGAAGUUGAAGAAGCCACUGAAUUCAUUUAUGGACUGUGGGCUAGUAUUCCUGAUUAUAAGGCUUUCGGCAACUGGCCAGGAGGUAUUCUUCAAGGUCUCUUCUUCAAAAAGGGGAUUUUCGAUUUGAACCCAGGAAGAGUGUGGGUAGCAGAUAAUUUAGGAGACAGAGUUAUCAAAAGAAAAGCAUCCUUUGCUACAGUAGAUGCUAAUGGCGCUACCUAUAAAGUUUGGGACUACAAUGCUACAUAUGAUCAACCAGCUGACUGGCUCGAUUCAGCAUUUGCUUCCUCAUCUAUCCCGGCCGUCUUUCCUCAUGUAACUAGAGGAGAAUAUGAGCUAGUUGAUGGAGGAGUUAUUUGGAACAUCGACAUUCCUUCAGCUAUCAGAAGGUGUAAGGAAAUCGUAGAUGAUGAUAAAGAUAUUAUUGUAGAUAUGGUGCUGUGCGGAAAUCACAGAAUUAAGGAGGUGGACAAUCUCCAUAAAUAUAGCACUAUGCAACAUCUCCUGAGAGGACAUGAAAUCUCAAGUUUCUACAAUGGAAUGAACGAUUACAAUUCAUCACUCGCUCUUUUCCCUGAUGUAAAUUUCAGAUAUUUGAUUGUUCCUUCAGAGAGCUUGUCAGAUUCAUUCCUCCCACUGGAUUUCGACCAAAAGACUGUAGACAAAUGCUUCGAAGUUGGACAAAAAGAUGCUAAAAACGCUGUCGAAUUAGGCCAUGGAAUAUAUGGAGAAGUAGCCCUAGAUUAUGUAGAGAAGAUCAACCUCGGCCAUGAUGUCUGGCUCCAUGAAAUGAUAGAUGAGAAGCUCAGAGAAAUCCAAAAACAACCAAAAUCUGAGUCUCAAUAAUUUUAAUUGCUUCUGACUCAAUUUGUACCCAAAAAAUGGGGUUUUGG